AUGUCAGUCCUAGACGACGACGCCAUAGCUUUGGUAGGCUUAGCUCUAAUUCUUAAAAACAAAAAACAAAAAAAACGCGAAAAAUGGGCCAAAGAUUGGCUCUUAAAACGAAAAAUCUACAGCCAUGUCAAUUUAUUAAAUGAAUUGAGAUUCGAACCACUGGAUUUCAAAAAUUAUUUACGAAUGGACGAGGAUACUUACCGUAAUCUACUGUCAAUGGUUGCGCCUUUAAUACAAAAACAAGACACUGUAAUGCGUAAAAGUAUUUCUCCGCAUGAGAGGUUAGCAGUUACCCUAAGGUUCCUCGCAACUGGAAGGACUUACGAAGACUUAAAAUACACUUCAGUCAUUUCAUCUCAAGCACUUGGAAAAAUUAUUCCAGAGACCUGUGAUGCUUUGUACCGAGUAUUACGUAGGGAAUAUUUAACUGUAAGUACACAAAAUAUUUUAAUGAAUAUAUCAUACUUUUAG